GACCUGCCCUCCUGCACCCCUCAAAUCUCGUAAAUACAUUUUCUUCCUUGUAGAAACUAUUAUCACCGUCGGUAAUCCACGCCGGAGGAGCUCCAGGAGGUUGCAGAGGUGCUGUUAGGUUAACAUAAUGGGGAAGAUUGAGUGGGCGAUGUGGGCUAAUGAGCAGGCUUUGGCGUCGGGUCUAAUUCUCCUCACAGGAGGAAUCGUAGGCGUUGCUGGACAGUUCAGAGGGUGGCAGUUUGCUGCUUAUGCAGUUGCUGCUGGGGUGUUUGUGUGUCUACUUGAGUAUCCCAGAAGCAAGAGGGCCAAGGGCACGAGUGUGGAGAGAACAGGCCAGUACUGCUUCACUGUGUGCGUAAAAGCCUUUGGACCACUGACCAGGAACUACUAUGUCAGGGCAUUCUUACAUGCUGCCAUCUGUGUACCUGGAGGUUUUAUGCUUGCCACUGUUCUCGGAUGUGUCUGCCUUGGCAUUGCCAGCCUCAUCUACCUUGCAGCCGCUAUACGAGGCGAGCAUUGGGAGCCCAUUCUUCCACGGAAGGAGACCCGAAAACCAGUUGCACAGAGCAUCAAGAAUCCUCCUCAGAAUCCACCACCAAGACCUCCUCCAGAGAUGCGCAGGAAACAAGCAGGCGACCUUGAAAAAUCAGCCUAUGACAACCCCAUGUCUGUUACUGAUGAUGAAUAAGCAGUAUAGCUUCAGUCCAUAACCAGUUACAGUUGGAGUUUACUGGAUUGUGUAACUCUGGAUGAACAACGUUUUUCUGAAGUUUAGUGUUUCUGUUGACCGGGCAACAAGUUAGACACACACCUCCUUAACUCAACUCAACUAAGAAAAAUGGGAGGAGAAAAUGAAGGAAAUAAUUUGUUCAAUGAAGAAAGAAAAAUCAGACAACAGAAUAUAAAUGUAAACACUGUAGCUGCUAAGUGUCAUCCGCUAACAAAUAUUGUCAAUUUGUUUUAAGUUGUUCUGCAUCCAAAAUAAUUACACUGUGUUUUAACCCUUUACGUAUUUCUUAAAAAGCAGCUCAUCCCAAUGCUGUUUAACAGCUGUUUUUGACUGUAUCUGGCUGACAUUAAGCCAUUUAUUAAACUUUUUGCUAGCAUUUUCACUGUGUUGUAAAUAAACUCAUUUUAUCCUUUGACUCAU